AUGCACCCGUUUGCGUUUCCGCCCAACGCCUCCGUCUACGUGGCUCCGCAGGACGAGGCGCCGCUGUCCCGCACCGGCUUCAUCGUCCUCGCCGUCAUCAUGGCCCUUUUCACCGGUCCGGCCAUCGUCCUCAACGCUACGGUGAUCAUCGUGUCCCUCAUGCACAAGCAGCUGAGGCAGCCGCUCAACUACGCUCUGGUGAACAUGGCCGUGGCUGAUCUGGGCACAGCCAUGACCGGAGGAGUGCUGUCUGUGGUCAACAACGCUCAGGGAUACUUCUCUCUGGGCAGGACCGGCUGUGUGAUGGAGGGCUUCGCUGUGUCCCUGUUUGGCAUCACGUCUUUGUGCACCGUGGCCCUGAUCGCAGUGGAGCGGAUGUUCGUGGUGUGUAAGCCUCUGGGACAGAUAACCUUCCAGAAGAAGCACGCGGUGGGAGGCAUCGUCCUCUCCUGGCUGUGGUCCCUCACAUGGAACGUGCCCCCGCUCUUCGGGUGGGGCAGGUACGAGCUGGAGGGCGUCGGGACGUCCUGCGCGCCCGACUGGCACAGCAGAGACCCUCACAACGUCUCCUACAUCCUGGCUUAUUUCGCGGUGUGCUUUGCGGUUCCUUUUGCCCUCAUCCUGGCGUCCUAUUCGAAGCUAAUGUGGACGUUACACCAGGUCUCCAAGAUGGCCUGUGUGGAAGGUGGUGCAGUCGCGAAGGGGGAGAUGAAGGUGGCGUCCAUGGUCAUCCUCAUGGUCCUGACGUUUCUGAUCAGCUGGUUGCCGUACGCCGGCCUGGCCAUGCUCAUCGUCUACAACCCUGACGCAAAGAUUCCUCCGCUGGUCGGCACGGUUCCUGUUUACAUGGCCAAGAGCAGCACCGUGUACAAUCCCAUCAUCUACAUCUACCUCAACAAACAGUUCCGUAGAUACGCCGUGCCCUUCCUGCUCUGUGGGAAACAGCCGUGGGUGGAGGACGAGGCCUCGGAGGCAGUGACCACCAUCGAGACGACCAAAGUGGCUCCUGCUUGA